AUGCCUGCCUUCCGCUACCGUCCUGUUUUGUCUUCAGACAUCCGUUUACUUGAACUCGAUCCUGGAGACGCGAAAGACCCUCUCAAAGGUGCCAUCUUGUAUAGAACCUUCCUACCCGAAGAAAAGAUCCCAGAGUUCGAUGCCAUAUCGUAUUGUUGGGACGAUCAGUCUCAGCCUGUCUCCAUCGAAUUGACGCAAGAGCAACACAUGUAUAUGGAGCAAUCAUUCCAGGAUCAUACUGUAGGGAAGUUACGUAUUGGAAAGAAUUUGGCCGCAGCGUUGAAGGCUCUUCGAAAGUCUGAGAGAAAGCGAUUGAUAUGGUGCGACUCUAUCUGCAUAGAUCAGAACGAUCUCGGUGACCGUGCCGCUCAAGUUCAAAAGAUGCAUCAUAUAUACUACUACGCUGCGAGUGUAGUGGUAUGGCUAGGCCCGGAAACCUCUUGGAGUGUCCUAGCGAUGCAUACAUUGCGGUCAUGCGCCGACCUGGUCGAAUCGGUCACAAUGAACUACAGCAUCGUCCGGCAAAUGUUUAAAUUUAAAGAUCCAGUACAUGCGAAUGGAGGGCUCGCGAGAGAUGGACUACCGUUGGAUGUGGACCAGUGGCGGGCCUUCGAGGCAAUACUGGCCCUCAAUUGGCAUAAACGUUUGUGGACUCACCAAGAGGUCGUACUGGCAAACAAGCAAACAUGCAUCGUGAUGUUGGGUUUUGAAGAAAUAACUUGGAAGCAAUUCCACGACGCAGUUAGCGUUAUAUGUUUCCUCACAGGGCCCCCAUCCCAUGCCAUCAAUGAUGUCGCUGCAUAUAGUAAACACGUACAGAUUGUCGGAGACAGAUUGUUGGCUUGUGCGGACGACGUGAAAAAAAGCGAUAGCUGGCUAGGGGCCCUCUCUGGUACCGAGGCUCUCGAAUGUGGAGAUGACCGCGAUAGGAUAUACUCUCUACGCGGCCUUGUCGAACCAGAUGUCGCCGAGUCAAUUCAGGUAGACUACACCAAGUCCUUGAAACAGAUAUUCACUUCAGUAUGCCUCAAUGAAAUCAGGCGGCAGCGCAAUCUCGAGUUUCUGACACACUGCAACGCAGCUAGAAGCCCAAGCUGGGUAGCUGAUUUGGAGAGAACAUGGGGAGAUCUUACUGUGGAUUCUAACGCAGGAGGGAAUUCGUCACCUGCAGUAGAUCUUAUCGAGCCACAUAUAUUGGAAGUGGCAGGCAUAAUAUGCGAUGAAGUCUCUGAUGCACCUCAACCGCUUCGCUCUAAAGAGUUAGUUGAACCUAUUAGCGAAUUCCGUCAAAGGAUCGUUCAUACACUUCUGGCUCUGGUAGCUGAGGAAUCACUCCAAGAUGACUCGAUUCUGGACCAAUUGAUAAUGAUUCUUACCUACGGACAGGUGAGGGACUACAGCACACAAAGACUACAUCCUCCCAAAGUAUAUUCACUGCAUGGAUUAAAUGACUGGCGUAGAAAGAUACGACAGUGGAUAAACAGUGAAUAUUUGGAGGCAGAUGAUAUGCAGGAACCGUGGGAGAAAGACGGAGUGUAUUUGCGAAGCUUACCCAUUGGAGGAUCUACACAUGGCUGUGCAAAGACCUGUCGCGGAACCUUUAUUCGUGUUCCUAUGGAGGCUCGGAAGGGAGAUGUAGUCGCUGUACUUCUCGGCCUAUCUACAUCGAUCAUUUUACGGCCUCAAGCCAGAGAUAAUUCUUAUAUGGUCAUCGGUCCAGCUUAUCAUCCCGAUUUCUCAGCAGCUGAAGCCUUUCUCGGCAACGACUUUCACAGGUGGGAAAGGCUAUGGCAUCGCGAGUUUCUUUUGUAUGGUUUCGUCAAAGAAGGGAGCUCUAUCCGUUUCACAGACCCUCGACUGGAUGGUGUCCCCUAUAGUGAUGGAUCUGAGGAGACUUUACUUGAAGAUGGAAGUCCGUGCUGGGCCAGAGCUGGACACAAGGAAUUUUCGUCAAAAGACCCAAGGAUGACAGAAGCAGCACUGAAAGACAGGGGCGUUCCCAUACAGAGGUUUCAGCUGCUAUAA